AUGAGGUCCCUCGCGCUCAAGACGGCCGUCGCGGCCAUGGCCGUCCUCGUCGCCGCCGCGCCGCAGCAAAAGUGCACCGCCGGCCCUGCGCUCAAACACUGGCCGCCCGCCGCGGCCAGGGCCCUCAACGCCAUGAUCGCGCGCAACGCCCACAACGGCAGCUACGCCGUCUUCGACAUGGACAACACGAGCUACCAGUUCGACCUCGAGGAGUCGCUGCUGCCGUACCUCGAGAACAAGGGCGUCCUGACCCGCGACACCAUGGACCCCUCGCUCAAGCUCGUGCCCUUCAAGGACACGCCCUCGCACAACGAGAGCCUCUACAGCUACUACAACCGCCUGUGCGACAUCGAGGACGCCGUCUGCUACCCCUUCGCUGCCCAGAUCUUUAGCGGCAUCCCCUUGCGCGACCUUAAGCGCCACGUCGACGACCUCAUGGCCCUUAACGGCACCAUUCCCACCACCAUGUACGACGGCGACAAGGUCGUCGAGACCGAGGUCAGCCCGCCCAAGGUCUUCCGCGGCCAGGUCGAGCUGUACAACAAACUCAUGAACAACGGCAUCGACGUCUACGUCAUCAGCGCCGCCUCCGAGGAGCUCGUCCGCAUGGUCGCCUCCGACCCCAAGUACGGCUACAACGUGCCCCCGGAAAAGGUCAUCGGCGUCAGCCUGCUCAUGAAGAACCUCACCUCGGGCGCCGUCACCGCCGCCCGCAAGCAAAUCGCCGACGGCGACUACAGCGAAAAGGCCAACCUCGACCUCGUCAUGACGCCCUUCCUCUGGACUCCUGCCACCUGGAAGACGGGCAAGUGGGCAGCCAUCCUCUCCUACAUCGAUGAGUGGAAGCGCCCUGUCCUCGCCGGUGGUGACACUCCGGACAGCGACGGGCCCAUGAUCUUCCAUGGCGUUGACGUCGAGCGCGGUGGCAUCCACCUUUGGGUCAACCGCAAGGAAAAGUACUGGAAGCAGAUUAACGAGAUGCGCACCGACUUUGCCGCUGCUCAGAGGCGCGAGGGCCUCCCCGUCACCGCGGACAAGAACUGGGUCGACGUCACGCCCAAGGACAUUUUGUAA